UUAGCGGACCGCUCGGAUACUGCAGGAACCAAUGCCGUAUUAAGGAGCAUAAUCAUCAUCAUCCAGAAGCGAAAUCGUGCAACUAAAGAGAGUCCGACGUGGAAGCCUUGUGACCUACCGUCAGCCUGGGGUCAUCGAUGUCGAGAAGGCAGCAGUAAGAUGAAUAGUCCUGUGGCCAAGCCAAAUGAAAUAGUUGCUCGCGCGGGAGCCUGUUUACGGUCAGCAGGGAAUGGAGUCGAUGGGAAUGAUGCAAGUGUGUCGGAGAGAGGACAGGGAGAUGACACGGUAGGGAGCGGCGUAGAUGUGGUAGCGGCUGCGGAAGCGGAGCACACCGCACGACACGGGAGAUUCGGACGUUUGUCAACAUACGAGUCACCGGCAAGCGCAGCAUCAAAGUUCCGGCCGAUUCUAUCCAAACAACCCGUGGUUGAAGAGACCGUAUGGAGACAGCAUGCGGAAGCAAUUGCAAGGUCGUUACCCAAGAGACCUCUGCGAGGCGGUUUGCGGUCAAGCGGAGCACGGAAGUCUCAUCAUACGGUCAAAAGUGGAGGUUCCGCGCAACAUCAGCCACCGAGUCAGCUUCAAAGGCCCUUUUUGCCCAGAGAACGGGGCGGACCGGAGGCCGCGGAUUCUGAUCCUCUCCUCUUUCAUCGACACUUUUUGCCCAUGGAGAGGCGGGAUGGAGAUGAUGAGCGGCGUGGUAUGGCGUCGGUUGGCGAUCCCGCGCUUUUUCGUCGGAAUGAGGCACCCACGGUCCGGCUUAUCCAGCCCAAGCAACCAGUAUCUGAAGACAUUAGACGAAGCGAGCUAGCAUCAGCAAUUGCACGGGGUUUGCCCAAGAGACGUCGGCGAGGGGGUCGGCGGCCGCUGAAAGCAAGACCAGACACUAGCGGACAGGAUCUGCUGCCAAGCCGAGAUGAGCCUCCGAGGAAACAAAUUCGAGCUGGAAUCCGAAGGCAAAGGAGACGGGAAUUGCAGGCCGAAGACUUGAUGAGCGUGUUGCGCUUCUUGGAGGAGGACUUUGCCAUGAAGGAGAGCUUGUCCAACGAGCAGACGUGGUGUACGCCAGUACCGUACGAUAGAACGGUGUCGACCGUGCGAGAUUUUUACCAGGCGUUCCACGAUGUGAGCACCUUGCCGAUACGGACCUGCAUGCUGUGCUACCGGGGACGGCUCGCCAUUUCAAUGUCGAAGUUGCUUUCCUGUGGGAGAACCUAUCUUAGGCUGUGCGGAGUGUAUGCGUUGCCUGAGGCGGGGUGGCCUGUCGCCAGCGGCCCAACUUCACGGCCGGCUUGGCUGUGAGCACAUGUUUCCCGACGAGCUCAAGGGCCUCACACUGGUCGAGGAGAAGCUCAUCGCGCUGAAUUCGUGUUAUGGAUUGUCACGAGGUACAGCAUUCCGGGUGGCCGGGGGCAGAGUCUGAGGUACCCGAGGCAUGUCAAAGGCCAUAUCACGGUGUUCCCAAACAACGUGCAGGAGCUGGCCACGAAAGUGCUCCCCAAUCCACUUUUGCAAGUCAUGGACGAGAUCCACGUCUCGUGGCAGGGCGCGGAGAAGCCGGGACCGAGCGAUCUUUCAAGCCUCCUAUCGGUGAGGCGGCGAGUCGUGGAGAGGGCCCUUGUCUGGCUGAAGAAGAACAAUCCACGCUAUGCCGAGAUCGAGAUUGACGCGGCAGAGAUGGAGAGU